GGAUCUCUACAUGAGUGGCAUAACUGGAAACAUUCCAUCCGCUAUUGGUCGCAUGAGCAGCCUUACGUACUUAGAUCUUGGCUACAACGGCUUGCUAGGCACAAUCCCUGACUCCAUUAGUGAACUUACAAAUCUUCGUUCCGUAAACUUCGGGAAGAAUGGGCUGGCUGGCGCAAUAACACAGUCGUUAGGCAGCCUAAAAACUUUGACCGCAUU